AUGGAGUCGUGUGAUUAUUACAUUACAAUACCUCCCAGAUCAUCCCUCUGCUGCACUGUCUGCACUGUUGAUCCUGAUGAGAUCCGGGACUCCAGUGCUAAAUCAUAUUUCCAUUGGAAGACUCUCAAAUGCAGGUACAUCAUAAACAUGAUGCCAUCAACAGUAAUUGCAAGUCCAAUUCACCAGUCGAAGGGUGCGUUUUAUGUGAUUACAACCAGGGAUUUCUACAAGACUGGAGUUCUGCAGAGGAAUCUAAUGAGAGUCAAUCUAAAACAUUCAGUUCCACAAGCUGUGACCCCUCGAGCUUACGUCGACUGUUUAAAAUACACUUUUGAGUUCUACUUAUCCCCAAAAUGGAAUAGGGUUGCUGAUGUUUACAUGGAGGGCCACAAUUUCCUCAGCAACUCGGAGUUUAACCCCGCCAUUUGCAGCAGAAUCAGCUUGAUAUCGAAGGAAACAGCCUUAAAAGACGAAAUCAGGAUGAGCCUGACUCCUGUCGCUGCUAAACUGCCUCCAAUGAAGUUGGAGAACUUGGCGAUUUCUUCGAUGGUUGUUGGUCACUUCCUGCAGGAUCCAGAGGGGGUCCUCGAUGUCACUCUCUUCGCCACUCACAGAGUCAUCGUAAUCCCCAGUAUGCGGAAGGCAAUUCUGAAGAGAAUCAUGAAGAAGAUUCCACCCACCUGUACUUUCCAAAAUUACAGCGAAAUUCGGAGGCACUGGAAGAAUAUGUACGGCUACCGUCUUCCAAAAACGGACGAGGAGAUGCUGUACUACGAGGUAUACUUUCCAAUUCCUUGUGCAACCAUCGAGUACUUUAUCUACCCAGACAUCUGCAUCAGACGAGAGAUGUCCCAGCGUGCAGCAGAUGGUCCAGAGCAAAUAAAUCGAAGAUAUCUGCAGGAUCUCGGGUGCUCGAUGCCGAAACUCCUCGAUGAGCCACUCGAGCCCAUCAACAAGUCCCAGGCGAAUCCCACGAACUUCCAGAAGUCUUUGUUGAUCGACACCUCUACAACUCCAGCACCUGUGGACGUCUCCCAGAACCUGGAGAAUUCCGCUCGUCUUAGUCUCUCUGGGGGAUCCCUGAAGAGGGACGCAUCAACCCAGAUGUCCCCCAUCUCCAGCAUUAGGGGCAAAGAUGAUAGAAAAUUGAAGUUUAAUAAUUUGAAGAGAAUCCAACAGAUCCACAACGUCAUCCCCUCGACCCUCUCGCUUCCCAGAUCAAUCGCGAAAUCUCAGAAACCGAAAAAAAUGUUUCUGAGUGAAGCUGAGAUGUCCAAGUAUUUCCGAAACUUCCAGAAGACGCAUAUCAAUAUUUUUAGUCCUAUUACUCAGGAAACAAUCAAUGAAACUUCAAGUUUCCGUGAAAUCCCGAGAAAUUGA